AUGGCGCGCGUUAUUCAGUUGCUUCUCGGCCUUCUGGGGAGCCUCCAGGUUCUGGCAGCAGCCCAGAACAGUUCCCAAUCUGAAUGGCCUCUACAUGACAACGGCCUAAACAAGGUUGUACAAUGGGACCAUUAUAGUUUCUACGUUAAUGGUCAACGGAUAUUCAUCUUUUCUGGGGAAUUCCAUUACUGGCGCAUCCCGGUCCCGGCAUUGUGGCGCGACGUCUUGGAAAAGAUCAAGGCCAUUGGUUUCACCGGUUUCGCGUUCUACUCAAGCUGGGCCUACCAUGCACCCAAUAACAAUACGGUCGACUUCUCGACUGGUCCCCGUGAUAUCACCCCAAUUUACGAGCUAGCGAAGGAGCUUGGAAUGUACAUAAUUGUACGCCCUGGGCCGUACGUCAACGCAGAAGCCACUGCUGGUGGGUUCCCGCUCUGGCUUACGACCGGCGCGUAUGGCUCGACGCGGAAUGACGACCCUAGAUAUACGGCAGCGUGGGAACCUUAUUUCGCUGAAGUGUCUGAAAUCACGAGCAAGUACCAGAUCACUGAUGGCCAUAACACCCUUUGCUAUCAGAUCGAGAACGAAUACGGCCAGCAAUGGAUUGAUGAUCCAGUUGACAGAAACCCUAACGAGACGGCAGUCGCCUACAUGGAGUUACUACAAACCUCGGCUCGCGCAAAUGGAAUUACUGUGCCAUUGACCGCGAACGACCCUAACAUGAACACAAAAUCCUGGGGGAAAGACUGGUCGAGUGCUGGCGGGAACGUGGAUGUUGUGGGCGUGGACUCGUACCCUUCUUGCUGGAGCUGCGAUGUCAGCGUGUGUACUGGUACGAACGGAGAAUAUGUACCAUAUAAAGUGCUGAAUUACUACGACUACUUCCAAGAAGUCCAGCCAACCAUGCCCUUUUUCAUGCCCGAGUUUCAGGGCGGAUCUUACAAUCCCUGGGAUGGCCCUGAAGGUGGCUGUCCGGAGGAUACUGGUGCCGACUUUGCCAAUUUGUUCUACAGAUGGAAUAUCGGCCAGCGAUCAACUGCAAUCAGCUUAUACAUGGUGUUUGGAGGAACAAACUGGGGCGGCAUCGCAGCACCCGUCACCGCAACCAGCUAUGACUAUUCCGCGCCUAUUUCGGAGGAUCGAUCGAUUGGUUCCAAGUACUAUGAGACGAAGCUACUAGCCUUAUUCACCCGAAGCGCAAAGGACUUGACCGUGACCGAUCGCCUCGGGAAUGGGACGCAGUAUACGACCAAUGAUGCAAUCAGUGCAAGCGAGUUGCGGAACCCAGAGAAUAACGCCGCCUUUUAUGUGACCACCCACCUAGACACUACUCUCGGCACAGACGAGUCGUUCAAGCUGCACGUCAAUACAUCAGAAGGUCCUCUCACCAUCCCGAGACAUGGAGGCGCCAUCAGGCUCAAUGGCCAUCAGUCGAAGAUCAUUGUAACCGACUUCAGUCUUGGCGCUGAGACGCUCUUGUACUCCACGGCAGAGGUUUUGACCUAUGAGGUUUUGGACCAUAAGCCAACUCUUGUGCUCUGGCUGCCCAAAGGCGAAUCGGGCGAGUUUGCCAUCAAGGGCGCGAAAUCUGGAUCUGCCACAACGUGCUCAGGGUGUUCGCCUGUAAAAUUCCACCGCAGCAACGGUGUGUUGACAGUCGGGUUCACCCAAGGUGAAGGCAUGAGCGUCCUAGAGCUAGACAACGGCGUCCGCGUGGUCUUGCUUGACAGGGAGGCAGCAUACACCUUCUGGGCUCCGGCAUUGACAGACGACCCUCUUGUCCCUGAGACUGAAAGUGUCCUUGUUAGUGGACCAUACCUUGUCCGAUCGGCCAAAAUCUCAAAAUCCACACUAGCCCUACGAGGAGAUUCUAAGGGCGAAACAGCCUUAGAGAUAUUCGCCCCUCAGAAGGUGAAGAAGGUUACGUGGAACGGAAAGCAUGUCAAAUCGACCAGGACUCGAUAUGGCAGCCUCAAAGCCGAGCUCGCUAAACCCCCGUCUAUUGGCCUGCCCGCUCUCAGCGAAUGGAAAGUGAGCGACAGCCUACCAGAGAAAUUACCAAACUACGACGACUCGGGUGCUGCAUGGGUUGGUAAUACAGAUGCGGACCACAUGACAACACUCAACCCUAAUAAGCCAGCUACACUCCCUGUGCUCUAUGCUAACGAAUACGGAUUCCACAACGGUGUGCGCCUGUGGCGUGGAUACUUUAACAGCUCCGCCUCCGGUGUUUUCCUCAACAUCCAAGGUGGCUACGCAUUCGGCUGGUCGGCGUGGCUGAACGGCCACUUCCUAGGCUCCCACCUAGGCUCCGCAUCAAUUGACCAGGCCAACGACACUCUCAGCUUCCCAAGAAAAGCCCUAAACAACGACGGCUCCCCCAACGUCCUCCUUGUCGUCCACGACGACACAGGCCACGACCAAACAACUGGCGUCCUUAACCCUCGAGGAAUCCUGGAGGCCCGCCUCCUCUCCAACGACACUUCAGCACCCGAGUUCACUCACUGGCGCGUCGCCGGAACCGCAGGCGGAGAAUCAGACCUCGACCCCGUCCGCGGCGUCUACAACGAAGACGGUCUCUACGCAGAACGUGUCGGAUGGCAUCUCCCCGGGUUCGACGAUAAUGAUUGGGAACUAGUAAAGAGCAAAGAUGAUUCAUCACUAUCCUUCACCGGCGCAACGGUCAAAUUCUUCCGCACUGUCAUCCCACCACUCUCCAUCCCGGAGGGCGUCGACGUCUCUAUCUCGUUCGUUUUCUCUACUGCGUCCAACACCACCAUCACUUCUUCCCAUGCAAACAAUAACAACAACAACUCAACCGGCGACACAACUGCCUUCCGCGCCCAGCUUUUCGUAAACGGCUACCAGUACGGCCGGUAUAACCCGUACGUCGGCAACCAGGUUGUGUAUCCUGUUCCACUGGGAGUUUUGGAUUAUAAUGAGGAGAACACGAUCGGUGUGGCGAUUUGGGCGCAGACUGAAGCUGGGGCGCGGCUCAGCGUGGAGUGGAAGGUAAAUUAUGUGCUUGAUAGCUCGCUUAAUGCGAAGGGGCUGGAUGUGCGAGGGUUGAGGCCUGGGUGGAGUGAAGAGAGAGAGAAGUUUGCGUAG